AUGGACUUCACCCUGGGCGCCGCAGGCCUCAAGGUCUCGAAGCUGGGCUUCGGGUGCAUGGGCAUCACCGCCUACUAUGGGGCCUCCAUGGAGGAUGAGCCUGCGAUAGAGUUGCUGAAGGCAGUCUAUGACAUGGGCUACAGGCACUUCGACUCGGCUGAGGCGUACAAGUCCGAGACCAAGCACAACGAGGAGCAGCUGGCGCUCUUCUUCAAGACGGUGCCACGGGACUCCUACACGGUGGCCACCAAGUUCAUGCCCUUCAUGCACGAGGGCGAGGCGUGCGACUUGGAGUCUCUGACGCAAGCCGUGGACGCCUCCCUGGCGCGCUUGGGCCUCGACUAUGUGGACUUGUACUACUGCCACAGGCCGCCCAGCACGCUGGAGAAGGCGGAGCAAUGGAUGGCAUCCAUGAAGGAGAUCGUGAAGUCGGGGAAGGUGCGGCACGUGGGGCUCUCGGAGUUCUCUCCUGACUGGGUGCGCAAGCUGCACGCCAUCCACCCAGUGGCGGCGAUUCAGAUCGAGUGGAGCCUCGUGACCAGGAACCUCGUGGAGGAGUUCCUGCUGGAUUGCUGCAAGGAGCUAGGCAUCGGAGUGGUGGCCUACUCACCGCUGGCCAGGAACCUGCUGGCGGCAGCGCCGGUGGAGGUGCCCACGGACUGGCGCGCGGCGCAGCCCAGGUACAGCGAGGAGAACUUGAAGCAGAACCAGGAGCUGCUGAAGAAGAUCGAGGCCAUGGCGGAGGCCAAGAGCGUCACGGCCGCGCAGCUCUCGCUGGCCUGGCUUUACUUCAAGGCUGAGCAGCUGGGCCUGAGCAUGAUCGCCAUCCCGGGCACCACAAAGAUUGCCAACGCCAAGACGAACCUGGCGAGCCUGGGGGUGGCGCUGACGCCGGAGGACGCCGCGGCGCUGGAGGCCUUGGCCUCCGCGGUGGCCGGGGACCGCGGCAACGAGCGGUACCUCACCAUGUCCAUCGAGGGCAACAUGACGAAGUCCACCUAA